AUGUCCACAGAUCUAGAAUUCCAGGGAAGCUUGACAAAAAUUCGAUUACCGGCCACCAAGAUAACUUCUUCACAGUCUUCAGAUAUCACUGACGACAACUCCGGCUUAAUUCCGGUACGAAAUGACAGCAUUGGGGAUGAGGAAGAAUGCCAAACACCGAAAUCACCUCGGCAUAUGAUUCCCAAGAUCCUCAGUUGCCCACCGGCGCCGAUGAAGCCGAGGCCGGUGGCUUCAUGUAAGAGGAAGCCCUGCGAGACGCUGCAGUUUUUCGAGAUCGUUGCCAGUGAAGAAGUUGAGUCGUUUUUCAGGUCUAGUUUUGGGUUGAUUAAUGACAUCAAUUCUUGUGGUUCAAUGAAGAAAAGAUCAGGUUAA